UAUCGCGGCACUGUGAAGCAUUGCGUGGGAUUUUGAUCGCGAAAGAUUGGAGAGAGACUCAAUAGGAUUACCCAAACCAGAAUGGUUGUCACUGAUAAGGAUCCUCGAGAGGAAGUUAUUCAAGCAUGGUAUAUGGAUGAUAAUGAUGCAGAUCAGAGAUUGCCACAUCACAAAGAACCCAAGGAGUUUGUAUCCUUGGACCAGCUUGCCGAACUUGGAGUUCUCAGCUGGCGGUUAGAUGCUGAUAAUCAUGAGACAGACCCAGAGCUGAAAAAGAUUCGUGAAGAUCGUGGUUACAGCUACCAGGAUGUCUGUGAGGUUUGCCCCGAAAAAUUGCCUAAUUAUGAAGAGAAGAUCAAAAGCUUUUUUGAGGAGCAUCUCCACACUGACGAGGAGAUUCGCUAUUGCGUUGCUGGAAGUGGUUAUUUUGAUGUCAGGGAUCGUAAUGAUGCUUGGAUUCGUGUAUGGGUAAAGAAAGGAGGGAUGAUUAUCUUGCCUGCUGGGAUUUAUCAUCGAUUUACUCUGGAUGAAAGCAACUAUAUCAAGGCUCUUCGAUUCUUUGUUGGUGAGCCGGUAUGGACUCCAUUUAAUCGUCCACAUGAUCAUCUUCCUGCAAGGAAGGAAUAUAUGAAGUCUUUCGUGGAAAGGGACGUGGCCAACCAUGCUGUUGAUGCUACGGCCUAAAGGUCUACGUCUGCUGUUAGUAUAAUCAUUAUAAUUAAUAUUGGGUGUGAAAAAACCUGAGGUUUUGCUGUUAAAAAUAAGGACUGAAAAAAAUGUGAGCUCAUUAAAUAAAGAUGCCUAUUGUCUGUGUUUGAGCGACACUUGGGAUGUGAUAUUAUGUACAUACCUGAUUGAUGCUGGUUAUAUUUUGCCGGUUACUGGAUAAUUUGGGAAGGUCCCUGUCGUUGUUCUGUUCCUGU